GUACAGUGAAGGAUGCCGAGGAUGGGAGCACUGCGGGCGCAGAGGGCUUAGCUGUUCCUACAAGUGGUCUGCUUCGCCGGGGAGAUUUUUUACCCAGUAGCUGCGAUCAAUCUGGUGCAAAUAAAAAUGUUGAUGCAGAUGUCGAGCAGAAUAUGGUUGGGGAGCUUCCGCGUCCUGGCGACACUUGUCCCGGGGAUACGAUGCAAAUCGAUGAACAAGGACAGGACGAGGUGGCUGCUGGUUCUGG